AUGAUGGCCUUUACGUUUCAAAGGCGGUGCUUCGCUGCACAGAGCCUUUUCAUGGCCCGGCUUGCGCCACUGAUGGGGAAAGCCAGCAGCCGCUGGUGGCAGCGGCUGGAACGGAACUCGGCAGCAGUGCUACGAGGUCAAGUGGGGUCGUCGCAAAUUCCUUCGGCUGGUGACCUGCACCUCUCAUGGGAAGUGCUUGGGCCAGAAGGCGGCCCCAUCCAGACGGUAGUGACGCCGAGAGGCCAACUCGCCCGAGAUGCCGCAAGACCCUUGGCCUCCGCCAUCGCUGAGCGUGGGAAGCGAGUGCUGGUUUGGGAUCGCCGCUGCACUGGUGAGUCCAGUGCAUGGGCACCCUUGGAAGAAGAGUCUCUCCCUGAGCAGGAGGUCCAAGACCUGGUAGGCUUGCUGGACAAGCUGACAGAUCCGACAUCUCCCAUAUCUCCUGUGUGUCUGGUAGGGCUGAGUUCGGGCGCCCGGCUCUCGGCUUUGUUCGCUGCUCGUCAUCCCGAGCGCGUCUCGGGCCUGAUUCUUUUGCCCACCGGAGACUUCUAUGGUGCUGCUUCGGUUUUGGGAAGAGCCUAUUAUGGUGACUGUGCUGACACAGUAGAGGCCGGCGGCAUGGAGGCAGUUGCUGAAGCAGAGGGCAGCCCUUUUCGGAUCUUGGCCAACAACUCCUCAAGGGCUCGUGAUGAGCUUCUGAGUGCUGAUCCGAAGGUCUUUGUCUCCACCAUGCGGAGGUCGCAGGCCUUUAUGGACCGCUUCGAAGGCUGUAGCAUCCUCGGCCUCCACUCUGCAGAGGUUGCGCGGCUUCAGGUGCCAGCCCUGAUCCUCCACCAUGGCCUGGAGGACGAUCACCUACACGCCUUGGAAGAUGCCACCGCCCUCGCUAAGCAGCUUCCUGGUGGUCGGCUCGUGUUGGAGUCAGAUGCAACUAAGUUCAAGGAAGCAGCUGCAAACUUUGCACCAACUCAUACUUAA